AUGGCCUCGCCCGUCGGCUCCCCAGCAGCAGCACGUUCGAUGCCCAAGAGCGCCAGCGCAGCAGCCCAUUCCAUGCCCGCUACCCAUCCCCAGCUACCCACCAUCGGCUCGCACCUCUCUCAACGCGAGCAAGAUAACGGCAACGGCACCAACAACGGCCGCGUAGAAGAAGAAGCUGACUCGGACGAGGACGACGUCCCCGCCUUUGGCAAAACCACCAAACAAGGCCGUCUUGCCUCCCUCUUCCCCUCCUUCUCCACCUCAAAAUACGCCCGUAAACAACAGCGCAAAAUCCAACUUCCCCCUGGUAUCAGAGACCCCGGCGUCUGGAUCAAAGACCAAGGCCCUGUCCGCGUAGAAGCCAAGGUCUGGCUCGCCAACCAACGCACGUUUAUAAAGUGGCAGCACGUUAGCGUCUUGCUCGCCUCUUUAUCCCUCGGUCUAUAUAAUGCAGCCGGCGAAGCGAAUAACAUCGCAAGAGCGCUUGCUGUCGUGUAUACGUGUAUUGCGGCCUUUACUCUGGCGUGGGGAUAUGGGAUGUAUGUUUACAGGGCGAAGUUGAUCAGGGAGAGGAGUGGAAAAGACUUUGAUGCUAUUACUGGGCCACUUGUGGUUUGUGUGGGGUUGGCGGUUGCGUUGUGUCUGAAUUUUGGGUUCAAGUAUAACGCACUUGUCAACGGUGGACAUCACCAUCAUCAUCAUAGCAGCAAUGCGACCGCUGCUGCUGUCAGCGUGAGUGUAGGUGUGAGUGAGCAGAUGGAGUUGAGGAUCUGA